AUGGCGAAAAAGAGUAAAAAGAACCAACAGAACUACUGGGAUGAGGACUUCGAAGAAGAUGCCGCCCAGGGCGAAGAAAUCGGUGCCACACCAACUCCGAAUCCAGAAAGUAGCGUAAGUGCAGAUGAUGCUUCCAAAGAGGCCAGUGCAAGUGCUGAAGGUGCUGAGGCCAUUGAAAGUGAUUUCAUGUCUACUUUGAAGCAAUCGAAGAAGAAGCAGGAGAAGAAGGUUAUCGAAGAGAAGAAGGAUGGUAAGCCUGUACUGAAGUCCAAGAAGGAAAAGGAAAAGGAAAAAAAGGAAAAGGAAAAACAGAAGAAGAAAGAACAAGCUGCCAGGAAGAAAGCCCAACAGCAGGCUCAAAAGGAAAAGAACAAGGAGCUGAACAAACAGAAUGUCGAAAAAGCUGCUGCUGAAAAAGCUGCCGCUGAUAAGUCCCAGAAAUCCGAUGACAAGCCAAGUGCUAGCACUAAGAAGCCAGCUAAGAAAGUGCCUGCCGGUCUGGCUGCUUUGAGACGUCAAUUAGAAUUGAAGAAACAACUUGAAGAACAAGAGAAGUUGGAAAGGGAGGAAGAAGAAAGAUUAGAAAAAGAAGAAGAGGAAAGAUUGGCUAACGAAGAGAAAAUGAAAGAAGAAGCCAGGGCUGCUAAGAAAGAAAAAGAGAAGGCAAAGCGUGAAAAACUAAAAGCUGAAGGUAAGCUAUUGACCAGAAAGCAAAAAGAAGAAAAGAAACUAUUGGAGAGAAGACGUGCCGCUUUAUUGUCUUCUGGCAAUGUCAAAGUUGCUGGUUUGGCUAAAAAGGAUGGAGAAGAAAUUAAACCAAAGAAGGUUGUCUACAGUAAGAAGAAGAAGAGAACAACUCAGGAAAGUGCUUCCGAAAGCACCAAAUCUGAGUCGAAGACCGAUUUGGAAGUGGUAUCUGACGAACUCAAAGAAUCUGAAGAUGUUUUGAUUGACGAUUGGGAAAACUUGGCUCUUGGUGAUGAUGAUGACGAAGAGGUAACCAACGAAGAAACCCAGGAAUCCACCGCAAACCACGAAAAUGAGGACCAAAAUCAAGAUGAUGAAGAAGAAGAGGAAGAAGAAGAAGAAAGAGGUCAAGUGGAGGAAGUUAUCAGAAGCACUCCAGCAGAAACUCCAACCUCAUCCAGUACUUCUCCAAACAAAAAGGAUCUACGUUCCCCAAUUUGUUGUAUUUUGGGUCAUGUCGAUACUGGUAAGACUAAAUUAUUAGACAAAAUUAGACAAACUAACGUUCAAGGUGGUGAGGCUGGUGGUAUCACCCAACAAAUUGGUGCCACAUAUUUCCCCAUCGACGCUAUUAAGGCCAAAACUAGAGUUAUGGCUGAGUAUGAAAAACAAACCUUUGAUGUCCCAGGUCUUUUGGUUAUUGAUACCCCAGGUCACGAAUCUUUCUCUAACUUACGUUCAAGAGGUUCCUCAUUGUGUAAUAUCGCCAUUUUGGUUAUCGACAUUAUGCAUGGUCUGGAACAACAAACCAUUGAAUCUAUCAAGCUGCUGAGAGAUAGAAAGGCUCCAUUUAUUGUUGCCUUAAACAAAAUUGAUAGACUAUAUGACUGGAAAGCCAUUCCAAACAAUUCAUUCAGAGACUCCUUUGCAAAGCAAUCCAGAGCCGUUCAAGAGGAAUUCCAAUCUAGGUACUCUAAGAUUCAAUUAGAAUUAUCUGAACAAGGUUUGAAUUCAGAAUUGUAUUUCCAAAACAAAAACAUGUCUAAAUAUGUUUCCAUUGUGCCAACAUCCGCCGUCACUGGUGAGGGUGUUCCAGAUUUAUUGUGGUUGCUGUUAGAAUUGACCCAAAAGAGAAUGUCCAAGCAAUUGAUGUAUUUAUCUCACGUGGAAGCCACCAUUUUGGAAGUGAAAGUCGUAGAAGGUUUCGGUACCACAAUUGAUGUUAUCUUGUCCAACGGUUACUUGAGAGAAGGUGACCGUAUUGUACUGUGCGGUAUGAAUGGUCCAAUCGUAACGAAUAUCAGAGCUUUAUUAACGCCACAACCGUUACGUGAGUUACGUUUGAAGUCUGAAUAUGUUCACCACAAGGAAGUUAAAGCUGCUUUAGGUGUCAAGAUUGCUGCCAAUGAUUUGGAAAAGGCCGUUUCCGGUUCUAGGCUAUUAGUUGUCGGUCCGGAUGAUGACGAAGAUGAAUUGAUGGACGACGUCAUGGACGAUUUGACUGGUUUGUUGGACUCCGUUGACACAACUGGUAAAGGUGUUGUUGUCCAGGCAUCCACUUUGGGUUCUUUGGAAGCCUUAUUGGAUUUCUUGAAAGACAUGAAAAUUCCUGUGAUGUCCAUCGGGUUGGGCCCAGUGUACAAACGUGACGUUAUGAAAGCUUCUACAAUGUUGGAAAAGGCACCAGAAUAUGCCGUUAUGCUGUGCUUUGAUGUUAAAGUGGAUAAGGAAGCAGAGCAAUACGCUGAACAAGAAGGUAUCAAGAUCUUCAAUGCGGACAUUAUCUAUCAUUUAUUCGAUUCAUUUACAGCAUACCAGGAGAAACUAUUGGAAGAACGUCGUAAAGAUUUCCUAGACUACGCUAUUUUCCCAUGUGUCUUACAGACCUUACAAAUCAUUAACAAACGUGGUCCAAUGAUUAUUGGUGUAGACGUUUUGGAAGGUACUCUGCGUGUGGGGACUCCUAUUUGCGCUGUAAAAACCGACCCUACUACAAAGGAAAGACAAACUUUGAUAUUGGGUAAAGUCAUCUCUUUAGAAAUCAACCAUCAACCUGUUCAAGAAGUCAAGAAGGGUCAAACUGCCGCUGGUGUUGCCGUCCGUCUAGAAGAUCCCUCCGGUCAACAACCUAUCUGGGGUCGUCAUGUUGACGAAAAUGAUACAUUAUACUCCAUGAUUUCAAGAAGAUCUAUUGACACUUUGAAGGAUAAAGCCUUCAGGGACCAAGUUGCUAGAUCCGAUUGGCUGUUGUUGAAGAAGUUGAAGGUCGUUUUUGGCAUCGAAUGA